GAUGGAGGCAGAGGCGAGAGGAGGAGUCAACCAGAGGCUGGAGAGAGUAAGAGACAUUGAGAUAAGCAGAGGGAGAGAUAGACAGACAGAGGGAGAGAGUGAAUGCAGAGCUAGAGAACCAUACACUGACGAGAUCUGUUCAGAUUGUCUCAGGUAAUUUCAGUGAGGACCAGUCAUGCAGUUCUUGUCUAUCAUAUUGUUUGGUUUCUGCACCCUCUCUCUCCUCUUGUCUCACGUGCUCGGUCAAAGUGAUUCGGAACUUUUGGUCACCACCCGUUCGGGUAAAGUGAGAGGGACCCGGAUGCAUGUCCUUUCCAACCAUGUCACUGGAUUUCUAGGAAUUCCAUUCGCAGAGCCACCAGUCGACAAGUUAAGGUUUCGACGGACAGAGCCGAAAAAGCCAUGGAGUGAUGUUUGGGAUGCCACCACUUAUCCUAAUGCCUGUUACCAAUACUUUGACACCUUGUAUCCUGGUUUCUCUGGAAUGGAAAUGUGGAAUCCUAAUAGGCCUAUGAGUGAGGACUGCUUGUACCUUAACAUCUGGGUCCCUUCCCCUCGCCCUACAAAUGCAACAGUCAUGGUCUGGAUCUAUGGUGGUGGCUUCUACAGUGGAUCCUCUUCCCUUGAUGUUUAUGAUGGUCGCUAUCUAUGUCACUCAGAAAAUGUUAUAGUAGUUAGCAUGAAUUACCGUGUGGCAGCAUUUGGUUUUCUGACACUGACACCAGGAAAUGCAGAUGCUCCAGGGAACGUGGGUUUAUUUGACCAACGUCUUGCACUUCAGUGGAUCCAAGAUAACAUAGGGUUUUUUGGUGGUGACCCUAGGACUGUGACUAUCUUUGGAGAGAGUGCCGGGGGUGCCUCUGUUGGCAUGCAUGUACUCUCUCCAGGUAGCCACCAUUUAUUCUCUAAAGCUAUACUGCAAAGUGGUUCUCCAAACACACCAUGGGCAACUGUUACACCUCAAGAGGGUCGGCGCCGAGCUGAGCUGUUGGGGAAGCUGCUCGAUUGUAAGCAGGGUAAUGAUACAGAGCUGUUGAAUUGUCUCCGGACAAAACCAGCACAGAAACUUAUUGACAACGAGUUUUCGGUCCUUCCGGCACCAAGUGUCUUCCGUUUUGCCUUUGUUCCUGUGGCGGAUGGAGACUUUUUCCCAGACACCCCUGAAACCCUAAUGAAUAUGGGCAGGUUUAAGCAGUGUCCGCUGAUUUUAGGUGUCAACCAAAAUGAAGGGUCCUACUUCUUACUUUAUGGAGCACCUGGCUUCAGCAAGAACAACGAGAGCUUAAUUACCCGGGAGGAGUUCCUCGGUGGGGUGAGGAUGAGUGUCCCUCAUGCCAAUGACAUUGCUCUUGAAGCAGUCGUGAUGCAAUAUACAGACUGGGCAGAUGAACAUGCUCCAAUAAAAAACAGGGAAGCUAUGGACCAGAUAGUGGGCGACCACAAUGUCAUUUGCCCCAUGACUCACUUUGCUGGAAAGAUGACAGAAUUUGGGAACGAUGUAUAUGCUUAUUACUUCGACCACCGAGCAUCCAACUUGGCUUGGCCACAAUGGAUGGGUGUUCCACACGGGUAUGAAAUUGAGUUUAUCUUUGGUCUUCCUCUGGAGCCGAAACUAAACUACACCAAACAAGAAGCAGACCUGAGUCGGCGAAUAAUGCGAUACUGGGCCAACUUCGCACGGACUGGGAACCCUAAUGAGAAUACUAAUUCCCGCCAAGCAAAAUGGCCUCUGUACACUGGACCAAAACCAAGGUAUAUAGCACUGAAUAACAAGCCUGCCCAGGAGCUAAUGGGAAUAAGAGUCCAAACGUGCACCUUCUGGAACCGUUUCCUGCCCAAACUACUCAACAUCACAGAUAACAUCGAUGAAGCCGAGCGCCAGUGGAAGGUGGAAUUCCAUCGUUGGAGCGCCUACAUGAUGCGAUGGAAGAACCAGUUUGACCAUUACAGCAAGCAGGAUCGCUGCAGCGAGCUGUGACCUCACUGUGACAUCACUGAACCAACUCCCCUGCUCUUCUACACACAAACAAAAAAAAAAAAGCGAACAGUGACAUCACUAUGACAUCAUCAUCAUGUCGCCGCACAGAUUCCUUAUAUACACACAGCAAGAGUCGAGGGGGUAGGCACUCACCCGUCCCCGUCCGCCCCCUUGUGUUAUGCCUUGAAAAGCAAGGCACACGUAAGGACAUUAACACCAUACCACCCACCCAAGUCAUGUGAUUGUUCCCUUCCUUUGUAUGUUCUAUACGUCCCCUGAAGUCCACCACCCCCUAACCAUGUGUGUUCCGGGGGGGAAUAUCCCUGUAUGACGCUGUGAUUCCCUUGUCCGCAUGUCCAUCUGUAUAUAGUGUUCGAUGAUAUAAAGAUAUAAAUAUAUAUAUAUAAAUAUAUAUAUAAUAUAUACAUAUUUCUAAUAUAUAUAUGGAGGGAGAUUUUAUGUGUAAAAUUAUUUAUUUGUGAUGCUGUGAACGUUGCCCCCUCUGCCAGGGGCUUGAGCCAUGAGGGUACCAGGCAAAAGAGGGCAAACGUGCUUCAUCCUAUAGACUAUACUGUACUGCAGCUCACACCAGCCUCAUAAGCUAUUCGAUUUCUUCAUGUGCAUCUAGAAUGGUAUUACCGCCAUACCUAAAGGAGAAGACCACUUAUAAGGUCACACACCCACCCCCUGCUGUGACGGAGGCAGCACCUUGAGCACUUCAUGGCGGACACAUCCUCAGCCAUAGUCCCCGAGAUGUGUUCUAGUCUUACUAUGGGGAACCUUCUAGCACUUCAGCUGCCCAGCCUUAUGAGCCCCAGUUGAUGUGGACUUCCCAUGUUCUCCUUUAAGUCCCAUGUUCCUCAGCUGGUUUGUGCAGUAAACCAAAGGUCCCUCAGAUCUGCUAGAAGCCAUAUUUAUGGUCUAGCCCAACCUUUUAUGCACUUAAUCCUUCACUUGUGAUAUUGUAAAAAAAAAAAAAAAGAU